CUCCCUCUCCAUGUGGAACUUUAGCUAGCAUGCGGAAAUAGCACUGAUCAACCACCCCCCGCACGACUACAACGGUUUUUUCUACCAACCUCAAAUCCAAUUCAAUAAGAAAACACCGUCGAAGCCACUCGAUUGCUCGGCGACUCAUACUACUGUGGAACUGGACGCACACCGAUGAAGCGCAAGGGCCGUACCGUCACCAAACGAGGCUCUAAGCCGAACUUGACAAUUGCGACCGGUCUGAACGGCUAUGCUAACGGCGAGAUGAAUUCCAAUAUUGAAAUGCGCAAGAGAGAUACAUCAUCUUCCGAGUCCUCUGACCAGGCCGCCCGGUUAAUGUCCCGCUCGGACUUUACCUUGGACGAAGAACCCCCUUUGACGACACCGCAAACACCCGCUCUUACCAACACAAGUUUCCAUAAUCUACCUGCAGCUGAUCGGAGGAACUUCCUGCUGCUAUGCUUGCUGUACUUUCUGCAAGGAGUCCCCAUGGGGCUGGCUACAGGGUCCGUGCCGUUCCUGCUUAAGCCUUACCUCUCCUACGGCCAAAUCGGCGUUUUCUCACUCGCAUCCUAUCCCUAUUCGCUCAAGCUGCUGUGGAGUCCUAUUGUCGAUGCAGUAUGGAGCCCGAGAUUUGGCAGGCGGAAGAGUUGGAUUACACCCGUGCAGGUGGUCUCUGGACUGGCGAUGAUCUACCUUGGCAGACGCAUUGAGCCUAUGAUGGAGCAGGCGGGUGCAAAUGGCGGAGCCGGCGUGUGGAACUUCACCUACUGGUGGUUCAUGCUGGUCUUCUUCUGCGCCACGCAGGAUAUUGCUGUGGACGGAUGGGCGAUUUCGCUGAUGUCUCCUCCGAAUAUUUCCUACGCUUCGACGGCCCAGACCGUGGGACUGACAGCUGGACAUUUCCUGUCUUAUACCGUCUUUCUGGCGUUCAACUCCAAGGACUUUGCCAACCGUUGGUUCCGGGCUGUACCUGCAGAGGGUGGUUUGCUUUCUCUGGGCACAUAUCUGACAUUCUGGGGCUGGGCGUAUCUCUGCGUGACGGCGGGUCUUGCUUUCCUGAAGAAAGAAGACAAGACAAAGGAGCGGGACAGUAUUAUGGAUGUCUAUAAGAGCAUGUGGAAUAUUUUGAAGCUGAAGAACAUUCAGACGAUCAUUAUUGUCCAUCUCAUUGCCAAGAUCGGAUUCCAGGCCAAUGAUGGUGUUACAAGCUUGAAGCUACUGGACAAGGGCUUCGGACAGGACAAUAUGGCUUUGGUGGUUCUUAUCGACUUUCCCUUUGAGAUUUGCCUGGGCUACUAUGCCGGAAAAUGGUCAACGGAAUACACUCCUAUGCGUCUGUGGUGCUGGGCUUUUAUAGGACGACUGAUUGCCGCAGUACUGGCCCAGGCCACUGUGAUGAUCUACCCUGCCAGCACUGAGGUUCCUUUCUGGUAUCUUUUGACCGUCAUUGGAGAACAUGUUAUCUCGACGUUCAUGAACACGGUUAUGUUUGUCGCGGUGUCGGCCUUCCAUGCGCGCAUUGCUGAUCCGGUCAUUGGCGGGACUUAUAUGACCAUGUUGGCAACUGUGUCCAAUCUGGGAGGUACAUUCCCUCGAUUCUUCAUCAUGAAACUCGUCGAUCUGUUCACCGAGGCCACCUGUAUUCCUCCCACGGUUCCACCUGCUGCCGACUCUCUGAAGGGUGCAUUGGUGACCGAGGCAUUCUCCUGUGCUCUCGAGCCGGAGAAGAACCGCUGCCACAACGGUGGUGGUACGUGCAAUGUUCUAAAGGACGGUUACUACACCACCAACAUCUUGUGUGUUCUCAUUGGAACCGUCACAUUCUUGCUCUUCAUCAAACCUGCAGCCUAUAAGCUUCAGGACCUUCCAUUGCGGGCAUGGAGAUUGGCGUCUGGAAACCGAUCAUAAACGGCUGGAUGACUAGACUAGACUUUGCGUAGCUUAUUUUGAACGCUUUUCAUGUUGAGAUGUAUUAAUAAAGUUAAAUAUUAGAUGUCUUCCUUCUCCAAUGGAGUAAAUUUGAGACUAUUCAAGUCUAGAUCAAUUGACCUUUUGAC